GUUACGGUUAAUUUCCGUAGCAGCAGUUCGGGGUCGUGCAUUUUGGGGUUAAGAUAUAAAGUUUACAUUUGAUGAUCGCAUUGUAAAACAUCUUUAACAUUUCUACAAGGACAUGUUUGUUUAGGUGUCCACUGUCCGAAGUCCGACUGUCAGAAAGAUGCUUCAAAAGCUUGUUUUGUUCCGGCUGCUCCGACCUGCUGCUCUACUCUCUGCAGCUCUACGUUGUGCCUCAUCGGGGACCGUGGACGUCAAAGUCCCGCUGAACUUCUGGUGCGGAGACCGCGUAAAGAUCAAGGAUGUGUCAACCACUGAGCUUGUUUACGAACCUGCAACUGGUCGGGUCCUGUGUGAGCUAGAGAUCUGUGGGUCUGUGGAGGUGAACCAGGCAGUGCAGGCAGCCCAGUCUGCCUACCAGGCCUGGAGCCGGACAUCAGGGAUGGAGAGGGCACACAUCAUGAUAGAAGCUGCCCGUAUCAUUGAGAACAGGAGAGAGGACAUUGCGGAGAUCGAGGUGGUGAACAACGGAAAGUCCAUCACAGAAGCCCGAAUGGACGUGGACUCUGCCAGACUGUGUAUAGAGUAUUACGCUGGGGUGGCCAGCACUCUGGCAGGCCAGCAUGUCCAGCUACCCGGAGGCUCCUUUGCCUACACACGGCGGGAGCCUCUAGGCGUCUGUGUGGGGAUCGGUGCAUGGAACUACCCCUUUCAGAUAGCAGCCUGGAAGUCGGCCCCAGCCCUGGCCUGUGGCAACUCCAUGGUGUUCAAGCCGUCACCUAUGACUCCAGUGACGGCGGUGCUGCUGGCGGAGAUUUAUGCCAAGGCCGGGGCCCCAGAGGGACUGUUCAACAUAGUUCAGGGUGGGCAGGAGACGGGCAACCUGCUCUGCCACCACCCGGAUGUGGCUAAGGUCUCCUUCACUGGCAGUGUGCCCACAGGCAAGAAGAUUAUGGAAAUGUGCUCCAAGGGGGUAAAGCAAGUGACUCUGGAACUUGGUGGGAAGUCUCCUCUGCUCAUCUUUGAGGACAGUGACCUGGGGAACGCAGUGAAGGGGGCUCUCAUGGCCAACUUCCUGUCCCAGGGCCAGGUUUGCAGCAAUGGGACCCGGGUGUUUGUUCAGAGGCAGAUGUUGCCUGAGUUCCUGGAGGAGGUUGUGAGAAGGACCAAGGACAUUGAGAUAGGGGACCCACUACUGGAGAGCACCCGUAUGGGAGCACUGGUCAGCCGGCCACACCUUGACAGAGUCCUGGGCUACGUCGAUCAGGCCAGGAAAGAGGGUGCCAAGGUGUUGUGUGGAGGGGAACCCUUCGUUCCUUUAGAUCCCAAACUCAGAGGUGGAUACUACAUGACACCAUGUGUAUUGGGUGACUGCACGGAUGACAUGACAUGUGUGAAGGAGGAGAUCUUUGGGCCUGUGAUGUCUGUGUUGUCCUUUGAAACAGAGGAGGAAGCUUUGCUGAGGGCCAACGACUCCGCCCUGGGCCUGGCUGCGGGGGUCUUCACCAGUGACGUCAAGCGAGCACAUCGUGUAGUGGAACACCUGAAGGCUGGAUCCUGCUUCAUCAACAACUAUAACAUCACCCCUGUGGAGGUGCCCUUCGGAGGUUUCAAGAUGUCAGGCAUCGGGAGAGAGAACGGUCAGGUGACUGUAGAGCACUACACACAAAUGAAGACUGUGUUUGUGGAGAUGGGGGAUGUUGACAGUCUCUUUUAAACGUCAAGCCAGACCAAUGGAGUCAUGCACCUCGGAAAUGUUCUGGGGGAUGAAAUGCCAGCGUCCUGAGACAGAAAAAGGUCUCAGGGCGCUUUUUCUGUCUCAGAAAAAGGUCUCUGGUACGUAGAUAGUUGAAUGAAGGAUACAGUAAUAUUGCCAUCCAUCUCUGAUAGUUUAGCUUAGUUAGUUAUUCUCCAUUUAAAAAAAAAUACUGUGAUAAGAUCUCUGUUCUGAGCCAAAUGGAUAAAUCGAAAGCCGUGCCUUGAUAUUUUGUAACAAAAGAUUUAUUAAAUUGAUUCUCAUAACUAUGGAUGCCUUACAUAAAAAAAGUACUUGACAUUA